AUAUACGCUUUACCCAUAGAGAUAACAGCCGCAAAGUUAAUAUUAGACGCAAUAUACCCAAGUUUACCCCGCCCGCUGACAAACCAAAACAACUAUAUCCUAGGAAAUAUUGGGGAUUAUAAUAUUGUUAUUGCCAACUUACCAAGCGGUGUAUAUGGUAUUGUAUCAGCGGUCAUAUUACUCUUGAGCUUCUACUUCAUUUGGUUUGAUCUAAUAGUUGGAAUCAGUGAAGGUAUACCAAGUAGCAAGGCGGAUAUUUGA